AUGUGUGGGGGAAGAACAAAGUUAGCGGGAGCCGCGGGGGACCAGGGGCUCCGCGCAGCCUCCAAUGCCUCCCGCGAGCGGGGACCCUGCCUGGGCGAGGAGGGGAUCAGGCGAGGGCGGGGGCCGGGCGCGGCCCUGGAGAGAACCCGCUGCCCCCGCCUGACCUGCGCCCACGGUGCCCAGCGCCCGGCCCGGAUGCCCAGCCCGGACAGCGCUCCGCCCCGCCCGCCCGCGCCUCCGCCCGCGCCCCCUCCUCGGCCUCCAGGCCCGCGGGGUCGGCACCCGGGACUUCCGUCCCUGCCGCGACGCGCGGAGCCGCCGGGCGUCGGGACCCCGCGGGCGGGCUGGAGGCGGUGGAGCCGGCCCGCGCACCCCCGCCUCGGCGCCUCGGUUCGUGCGCUCGAUGCGGCCCCUCCCCCCGGGGUCUCACCGGGCCCCGGCCUGGGCCGCGGGGCGGGGGUCAGUCUCUGGGGGGCGCUUUGGGUGCGAGAAGGGCGCGGGCGCGAGCUGCCGCCGCUGCCGCCAGUGGUCCCCGAGCGGCAGCCGCCGCCUUAUCGCGGCACCGCCCCCGCCGGCCCCCGCCCCGCGCCCGCCCAUUGGCUCCGCCGCGCCGGGAGCCGCCUCCGGGGCCCCGGAGCCGCCGCCGACCCCCCUCUGCGCUUUGUCUUUCCCUCGCUCGCCGGCCCCCGCCUUUGUCUGCCCCCCCGCGCCGUCCCCCGGACCCCGCGCUCGUCGGCCUCCCUCUGGGAAACCGACCGUCUUGUCUGCCCAGGUCCAGGGCGGCCGCGCGUGGGGAAGGGAUGGAAACCCAAGGCCCCGCACCGCUCAGCGCGCGGCGUGGACAAGUUCAGGUUGCGGUCGCAGGACACAGGGCGCUUCCGGCGAACUGUGCCUGGGCACAGAUGCCUCAGUUUCUCCCGUUGGCCCUCGUCCCGCCCGGUUGUGGAGCCCCUGCAACCUAAGGGGUCCCGUUGGGGCGACCCCGAAGGAGGGCUAAGGUUCCCGCCUGGCUCCCUGCCUGCGGAGUCUUCCAGCCUCCAGGGGCCGUCCCCGAUGUCCACAAAGCGCGCGAAGGAAGAUGGAAGCAGCACGCGGUCCCGCCAAGCCGGGCCCCAAGGCUGCGAGGCCUAG